AUGGUGUCACAAAGCUACAGCUCAACUGCGCGAGCUGGGAGGAAACCACCCACCCAGCAGUCCGAGACGACGCCCAACUUCGAAGACCCAAACUUCGACCCAGCCGAGUUCCUCAACGAGACUCUGUCACCGUUGACAGUAGCAUCUUUCCAGCCCAAUGCCUCCCGAACGCCUGGCUCCGUGCCCCUGACGGAACUAUCAGCCCAAGUCCAGUCACUGCUUUCGCAGAUCAGCGCACAGAAUGUCCGUCUGUCGAGUACGCUCUCCCAGCUCAGCGAUGAGAUCCUUCGUAGUGGUGGACGACUAGCAUACGAGGUGGAAGUACUACGAGGAGAGACAAUUGGACUGUCUGAGACCCUGACCGAGGUCUUGCGCGAGGACAUUACCAAGUUUGUCCCCGAGUCAACAUCGGAAGAAAAUGCCAGCGAGACCAGUCGCAAGAAGGAGGAAUCUACAGAGAAGACGACCGACGAUACCGCACCUAUGCAGGAAGAUGCAGAGCCCACCGAGGAGCAACAGGAAGCUCCAGCUACGAACGACCCCGAAUACAUCACCAACCUCCGCACCCUCAACCAAGUCCGCUCUCGACUCGAGGAAGUUGUCCAGACCUUUGGCGAUGCAAUGGAAUGGCCACUUCCGCCAUCGGAAAUCUCCUUCUCCUCGUCCUUUAUUUCCGUGUCGGGCCCCGAGCUGGACGCCGAGGGCCACAGCCAAGAAGAACAGGGACAAGAAGUCAUGAAGAAAAUACGAACUGAGAUAACGGAACUACUGGAUCGGGACGGGGGCGGUAGCGAUGGAUUGGAGGCAGCUACUCGCCGCGUCGAGGCGCUGCGGAAUCUGUCGAUGGUCUGGAAGGGUUCCGCGGAGGAAAAGGCACGCCAGCGAUUUGUGGAUGCGCUAGCCAGGAUCGUGGAUGAAAGACGGCGAAUUCUGGAGCAUCAGCAAGCCAUGGCCGAGCAGAGCCAGCGAGGGCCUCGAUCGCGAACGGAGCAGCGGCGUGAUAGUGACAGUGGAGGGCCUGGGGGGGGAUUGUUCCGCAACUUGCAGCGGCUGCGGGAGGAGAUCUAUUUAGAGUAA